AAAAAAAUGCCGUGAAUUAUAAGAAAUUUUUUUGUAAAUUUGUAAAGAAGAUGGCGCAUUCUUCAAGAUCUCAUCAAGGUGGUGGGGGUGAUACAGAUAAUUUAUUACGAAGUCAUGGAAAUUAUGAAGAACUUGCCAUAAUUGGAACAGGUGCAUAUGGCACUGUUUAUAAAGCAAGAGAUUUAUCAAAUGAUGGUGUAAUUGUAGCUUUAAAAAAAGUACGUGUUCCUUUAACGGAUGAUGGAGUUCCUAUGUCAACACUACGAGAAAUAGCAUUACUUAAACAUUUGGAUAAAUAUGAACAUCAGAAUAUUGUACGAUUAUUAGAUAUUUGUCAUGGGCAGCGAUUAGAAAGAGAACGACAAUUAGUUUUAUAUUUAGUAUUUGAACAUGUUGAACAAGACUUAGCAUCAUAUUUAGAACGAGUGCCACCUCCAGGAUUACCUAUCGAAAGGAUAAAGAAUCUUCUAAAACAAAUUUUAACUGGUGUAGAUUUUUUACAUACACAUCGAAUUGUCCAUCGAGAUCUGAAACCUCAAAACCUUUUAGUAUCUAAAGAUGGUGUAGUCAAGUUAGCCGAUUUUGGCUUAGCCAAAACAUAUGAUUUUGAAAUGCGAUUAACAUCUUUGGUUGUAACGUUAUGGUAUCGAGCACCAGAAGUGUUAUUAGCCCAGCCAUAUGCAUCAUCAGUGGAUAUUUGGUCUGUAGGUUGUAUAAUGGCUGAAAUGUAUCGGCGGCAUCCAUUAUUCUCAGGAAGUAGUGAAGGCGAUCAAUUAGAUAAAAUUUUUCAAAUAAUAGGAACACCACGAGAGGCAGAUUGGCCGGCAAAUGUAUCUAUUAAUUGGACAUCAUUCCAAUGUAGACCGGGUACUCCAUUUCGAUAUAUAUUACCAGAAAUUUGUACAGCAGGAACUAAUUUAUUAACACAAAUGUUACAAUUCAAUCCAGCUGAAAGGAUAACUGCUGGUAACGCAUUAAAUCAUGAAUAUUUUAAAGAAGAUGAAUCCACGGAGACAUCGUAAGACUAGAAUUUACAAUACUGUACAUAUUAUAAACAAAGAAAAUGUUUCCUGAGUAAAUGUUAAAUAAUUUAUCAGCAUGUUCCUCAGUUUUAUGAAAAACCUUAUCUAUUAGUAGGAGGGUUUUAAAUUUUAGGGUAAGUAUUUGAAACACCGUGAAAAUGUGUGAGCAUGUAUCGAUUUACAGGUUUUAAAUAUUGUCAGUCCAAUUCUUGAUCUCAUGUUUUGAUGAGACUUUGUACCUGUCAGGUUAUCGGGAAUGUUAUGUGUGACUGCAAGCUGACUAAACUCCACGUCCCUAGUCAAAUUUUCGAUUUUGUAUUCAGUCAGAUCUACGAUUAUUAUGUAUUCAGGUAUUACAAAAGAAGUGUUACAUAAUUUUCACAUUGAUUUCAAAUAUUUAUCCUAAAAUGAAUAACAGCAUCUAGACUAUUUCUUAAAGAAGAAAUUUAUGGUGUUUCAUAUUAACUGAGGAAAAAGUCUGCACAUUGAAUAAUUUAUAUUCCUAUUUUAAAAGUUUACAAAACUCCAUUA